AUGGACACAUCAGAGCUCGAGCCUUCAAAGCUCGGUACGAAAGAACAUUGGGAUAACGUUUACGAAGAAGAAUUGGAAAACUUCGGUGAAAAUGGUGAUGAGGGUGAAAUAUGGUUCGGCAAAAAGGCGAUGAAUGAAAUGGUCAAAUGGGUUAAUCAACAUGUCCCUUCACGCUCUGAUAUAUCAGUCCUGGAAGUUGGAAGUGGGAACGGUGCACUAUUAUUCGCGCUUGCGGAGGGACGUGGAAAAGCUUGCUAUCCAGCGCAUCGACUCCUGGGAAUUGAUUAUAGUGAAGGAGCCGUCCAGCUCGCUCAAUCGGUGGCGCACUCUCGAAAUCUUACGGCAGUUACGUUUAGAGUGUGCGAUUUCCUGCACGAGGACCCACCACUGCUCGCAGACGAUCAGAAAGCUGACCAGAAUGAAGCUUGGGAUCUUAUCCUUGAUAAAGGCACAUACGAUGCCAUCGCCCUGAUGGAGAAGGACAAGAAUGGAAGGACCCCAGUAGAAGGUUAUCCGAUACGUAUCGCGAAGCUCUUAAAUCCAGGCGGGCAUUUUCUAAUUACCUCUUGUAAUUUUACCGAUUUCGAGUUAAAAUCGAAGUUCAUUACCGAAGAAACCGGCCUGCAGUAUCAUUCUAGUAUAGAACAUCCAACUAUUUCAUUCGGCGGGAGCACCGGGAGUGCAUGUUCUAGUGUGGCAUUCACCAAAUCUGCGUAG